UAUAUCGAAACACCGUCUUAUCGAUGGAUUUAGAGAUUGUUAUCAUAGAGAAGAUGAAAAUUAUAAAGAUAGUUGUUUAUUAAAUGAUAUUCAACGUUUUAAUUGUACGUCAGAAGAUAAAUGUUUAUCACCGAUAGGUUUCGAUCUUUAUGUACCUGGCUGCAAAGAUAGAGAAGAUAAGAUUCACAAUCAAGAAGUAUCUGUAUUUUCAAUUCUUUGUUCUCAAUCCCCUCGAGGUUUACAACUAGAAGACAAUGAGAAAUAUGACACUAAUUGUGAAUGGUGGCCUUGUAAUAAUCCGUAUACUCGAUGCGACAGGGGCUUUCAUUGUGCUAAUGGAAUCGAUGAAUUCAAUUGUCCUAAUACCAAGUGUAAAAUUAAUGAAUAUCAGUGUUAUGAUGGUCCUGUGAAUUAUUAUUGUAUUCCUCAAGAAUACAUCUAUGAAAUGCCACUUGAUUGUAUUAACAAUAACAUAAGUGAUCUUUGUCGAAAUAUAUUUUAUUCAAAUAGUUCAACUAUUAAUAUUAAUAAUGAAUAUAUAUCAUGGAAAAAUAAAAGUUGUUUAACUAAAGAUGACAUUUGCGGUUCUCAAUCAAUCAGUGAUGAAAAAAGUUUCUGUUCUCUUCGAGAAUAUUCAAAUACUCCUGCAUGCAUUUCAUCCUUUUCAGAUUUAUAUGACAGUGAAAAAUUGUGCUAUUUAAUAAGUGUCACCUUUGAAGUACGUAAGUUUUUUGUCUUUUCUACAUGGAAUAUUGGAAACUUACCAUCAGAAAUAAAUUCAAAUCAACAGCUUAUUGAUACGAAACCAAAUGAAACUUUAUUAAUUCCAAAUACGAAUAUUGAAUUAAUUGAAUAUUGUAAUCGUGGAAUUAUUAUAUUUGAAGGAAAAUUAUUUAAAAAGAAAUGUUUAUGUCCACCUAAUUAUUUUGGUGAUCGAUGUCAAUGGCAAAAUCAACGCAUUAGUUUAACACUUAAAAUACAUACAUUAAAAUCAUAUGGAAAACGAAUUUCUGUUUUUGAUAUUUUUAUCAAUUUAAUUGAUGAUGAAAAUCAAAUCAUACAUUAUUAUGAAAAAAUAGAUUUUAUUUCAUCAAGAGAUUGUGAUAUAAAAUUUAAUCGUUAUUUACUUUAUCCAGAUCAACCAAAAAAUCCUAAUCAUACAUAUUCAAUUCAUAUCGAUAUUUAUGAAAAAACAGCAUUAACUUAUUUUGGGAGUUGGUAUUUAUUUAUUCCAUUUCCAUUUUUACCAGUUAAUCGUAUAUCAACACAAAUUCAAAUUCCAUUAGAAAAAUCUGAAGAAGAAUUAACAAAUUGUUCCUCUGAAUGUGGAAAUCAUGGCAAAUGUUUUAAAUAUAUUAAUUCAAAUAGAACAUUUUGUCAUUGUGAUCAAGGUUAUUCAGGUCGAUUUUGUAAUAUAACAUAUGAACAUUCAUGUUCAUCUGAUUCAAUUGCUCUAAGUUCAUCAAUUUGUUUAAAAGCUGUUGGGAAAUCAUAUUCUAUACCACCGGUAAUCUCUGGUCAUUUUAUAACUGCAUUUGAUUAUCGUCAACAUAAACAAAUAUCAACUCUUGAAAAAAUUCCAUUUGGUCAAAAUUCAAUUUCAUUAUUUAAUAAAGAAUCAUUUAAUUUAUUAUUUAUUGAAUUUUCAAAUAAUUAUUAUCUUACCAUAUUAAGAGAAAAAUUUUUUCCAGGUGAAUAUAUUUCUGCUGAUGUUACAAUGAAUAAUAUAUGUGUAAAUAUUACUAAAAUUCUCAAUUCAACAUUACUUAAUUAUAGUUAUACACGUCGAUUGAAAUAUUAUCCAUUACAAUGUAGAGAAAAUCCAACAUUCAAAUGUUUUUAUGAUGAAAAACAUAUGUGUAUUUGUGACAAAAGUCGAUUUUCAAAUUGUUUUAAAUUUAAUUAUACGAUUUUUUACGACUGUCAUGGAGAUAAUUAUUGUGAAAAUGAUGGAAAAUGUAUUCAGGAUAAACCCAAAUGUCCAACAAUGACAGUAUGUAAAUGUGAAGAAUGUUACUAUGGAGAUCGAUGUCAAUUGACAACCAAAGGUUAUAGUAUAUCACUUGAUGUUAUAUUUGGAUAUCAUAUUAAACCAUGGGCUUCAUUUUUAAAACAAUCAACAGCAGUGAAAAUAACUGCAUCAUUAACUAUUAUAAUGUUUAUACUUGGUUGUCUUAAUGGAUUAAUAUGUAUAUUAACUUUUCGGCAAAAACCUUUAAUUGAAGUUGGUUGUGGAAUAUAUUUAUUAAUGAAUUCAAUUACUUCAUUAUUAACAAUUACUUUAUUUACAAUUAAAUAUUGUCAACUUGUUACUUUUCAAAUGAAUCUUAUAACAAAUCGUUCAUUUAUUGAUUUUAAUUGUAAAUCAACUGAUGUAUUAUUAAAAAUCUUUCUCUGUUUUGGUGAUUGGUUAAAUGCAUGUACUGCUAUUGAAAGAGCAUUUGCUACUUUACAAGGUCCACAUUUUAGUAAAGCAAAAAGUAAAAAUAUAGCCAAAAAGAUAAUACCAAUAGUAUUAUCUUUAAUAACUAUUUCUUAUAUUCAUGAUCCAAUAUCUCGACAAUUAUUUGAUGAUGAAGAUGAAAACAGAACAUGGUGUAUUGUGAAAUAUUCAACAAGUUUAACUAUCUUUGAUAAAUUUAUUAAUCUAUUUCAUUUUUUAGCACCAUUUAUUAUUAAUAUUUUAUCUGCUUUAGUUAUUAUUAUUCAAGUAUUUAGAUCACGUGCGAAAGUUAAUCAAAAAACAUCAAAUGUAACGAUUUCUGCUCAGAUUAAACAACAUAAACAUCUUCUUAUUUCACCAUGUAUUUUGAUUUUAUUAGCUUUACCUCGUUUAAUAAUAUUAUUUACAUCUCGAUGUAUGAAAUCAGCACAAAACCCAUGGUUAUUUCUUGUUGGUUAUUAUAUUUCAUUUGUUCCACCAUUACUUAUCAUUCCAGUAUUUAUUUUACCAUCAACAACAUACAAAAAAGAAUUUCUUGGUGUAAUUAGAAAAAUGCGUUUAUAUAGACAAUAA